AUGAGUUAUGUUUGGUGUACCAAAGAAGAAAUCGACAUCUGUUCUUUCGCACAAUCUCUGAUGAAAAAUGGAAGUCGGGACUUUAUGGAUCAAUACCUUGUCGGCAAAAUUUCUGGCUACAAAGUAGCAAGAAUGAUUCAUCACAACAACAUUUUUCAUGGCGCUAAUCUGGGAAAAGUGAUGAUUCGGUUCUGUGAAGUGAUGGAUGAAAGAAAAGAAUGGCAGACUCUGGAACAAAGAAUUAAUUUCAUUAAAGAAGUUCGAAUGCAUUUGGACGAGAUCCGAAGAACUUCUGCGAAGAUCGAUGUUAUUUCUCGCUUGUCUAUCUAUCCCGCUGUACACACUUUCGGGUUUGGAGGAUUCCAUGACGAGUUGAUCAAAAAGCUUUCUUUCAAUCGUGAUUAUGCAUACCAUCCUUUGAACCUUGAGAAUCAGCCAUUGAACGUUAAUCAAUUCACUGUCAAGCAGAGUAGCCUUGCUAAAGGAGUUCUCCCAUGUCUAACGAUAUCAUGUGGCAGUUACAACCAACAAAAUGCUAACAACAUUGCGAGAGUGGUGCCACGACCUACAGAAGGACUUUUACCAUCGACUUCUUCCCGAAUCUCAGUAAAUAAACAUUAG